UAGGUUAUAACCCAGCUUCCGGCAGGCCGGCUAGCAUUCAGUGCUGGCAGGAACCAGGUUGUUGCAGGAGCCGCGCCUAAUAAGUUAGUUGUUAGCUCGAUCAAGCUGAAGCAAGAAGCAAGGUCCUGAGGCUUGUUGAGAGGCAGAGAACAAAAGCAUACCAGCAGCAGCCCAAUGGUAGCAUUGCCUCAAUGCCAUUCCAACCAAGCCUGAAUUGUGACAAUGUAGCAAUGGUGGAUUGCUUUUUGCUCAAUGCUGAAACGGGGCUGAAACAGCUUUAAAAAGAUAGUCAAUUCCGGUGGUGCCAGCUGAAACAAGGAGGACAUACCGUUACCAAACAGCUGCCAUACUUUGGGUUUUCACUUAAAGAAGUACCAGCACUCGUUUAGAGUUGGCACAAAGCAUGGUAAUUUUACUCAAGCAAGAUAGCCAAGGAUGAAUUCUGCUGAAGAUAGUCCAGCGUCUCCCGAGUUUGAAAGACGGCGUCCCCGUUACUUUCAGCAUUCUGCAAGCCCUUUUGAACCUCAGCGUCGAGCUGGCCACCCGUUUGAGUUUUCUCACGAUAGAGGUUUAGAUUCACCAAAUGUUGGAAGGCAGCACCUAGAUUCCCCCAGUGUUGACGAAGGUGGUGCAGAUGGUUCUGAACAAGGGACACCGGUGCGGCGUGUCUCGAAACGCAUAAGUGCCAGAAUGCAGCGAGCACAACAGCGUGCAGCAAUUCAGGCUGCAGAAUCGGAUGCAGAUGGGGAGUCGGAUGCGAACGACGAUGAUGGGUUGCCAAGCCAUGGUGACCCUCCAAGCACUCCUGAAGAAGCAAAGGCUGAAUCUAUUGCGGCCCAGACUGUGCUGCAAGAAGAUCUUAUGGCUCCGAGUCUGGAUGAUCGUAAGAAAGUUGCUCUUCAGUACAUCGCCACGCUAGCUCCACGGAGCCAAGGGAAGUACCUUUCGCGGACCGGGGAGUUUCAGGUGUUCUUCCGCAACAAGUUUCGAGAGGCCGACGUCGAAGCGAGGUGGGACGAGAUGCGGGAGUUCAGAAACGAGCCCUCUGGUUUGGGGGUGGGAUUGGAACCACGAGAGUGGUGGUGGAAGGGGGUAUUGAUCACCCCCGAAAGGGUUGAAUCAUACAUUGCCAACCUCACCCAGCCCAUCAUUGGGCCAGGGGGGAUGAAAAAGCGGAAGAGCUACAGCGUUGUGGAGGACCACGUCAAAGCUCUUGUCUUCACCCACCAGAUCCAGUGCAUCAUGCGGGGGGUGCGGGUGACACACGACCUGCGGACUCCCUCCGUGAAGACAUGCCUGCGAGCCGCUGCACGACAAACAGCCACCCGGGCACGCGAAGAGUUUCUGGACCGGCAAGAGGGGGCGGUGUCCGAUGGUUACUCCGACGAUCAGCUCACCGACAUGUUGGACAAGAUGUUGGACGAUGCUUGGCACCACAACAUGGACGAAGACUACGACAAAGUAUUCGAAGCGCUUUCAAUGAGAGCCAUGUCGGCACUACAGCACUCAUCUUUGGGCAGAGGAGACACGACACGUGGCUUCAAUUUGUGCGACCUCUUCGCCCUCAAGCAGGAAUCCAUAGGCCCGACCGAGUGUUGGAUGCUGGGCCUGGUUACCGAUCGAGGGAAGCAGAACAAAGAGGGGCGGAAACAGAUGAUUGGCCUCAUUCAGCACAAGAAGUGGGGGCGCUGCGCGUUCGGCGCUCUUGGCCUCCUUCUGUACUACCGGUGGGAGGUGUUGAAUGAGCCAUUCCCAGACACUCGGUGGAGACUUCCCAAAGACGUCUACCCAGACUGGGCCCCUUUUGAGGGCACAGAAGCUGAGUACGAGCGGCAGUUGCGGCAGGAUCCCGGAUACAGGGAGGCGGAGGACGAGGACUUUGAUGACGGUGGUUCCGAUGACAGCGAGCGACCACAGCUGCUAACGCCAGACGGGAGCCCGUUGUUGAGUCCUGUUGCAGGCGGAGCCGCCCAGUCACCCGCUGCCGCCACUUCAGCAGCGGCCGACGGGGCUUCAACUACUUCGAGCUCUGAGCGGACACCUGUUGCCGCCCGUAGCCCAACGGGUAACCAGACAGCGGCAAGCGAGCAAGAGAUGCGCCCAUUUCCCAGCUCCUGGUUGUCCGAGUCAGAUAUUGCUCGGCUUGGGCACUGGGUAUAUGCCCACAUGUUCCUAAGCUACCUGACCAACAUACCCCCUGAGGCGCUUCUCGUGAUGAGCGGGUUCCCUCCACUGAAGCAGGCAUAUCAUCUACCACGGUUCCAUGUGGAUGUUCCGGACGGCCUCCCCAUGCUGUUCGCAAAGGCCGACAGCCAGCUAGCAGAGGUUGUGGCGAGGCACGCUCUCAUCAGCAAGUACAAGGGCGAGCGGAAGGCGGCCCCAAAAAAAUUGGAGCGUGACAUGUCGGCCGAGCAGUUCCUCAGGGCGCUUACAGGGCCGCUGCGGAAAAUUGUCUAUCAGCAUCUUGCUCUGGUCUACGACCGGUGUCCAGACCAUCCUCUGUGUAACCAUGUCCUGAUGGACCCUGACGCGGAGCACGCCGAACUCUGGCUUCAGUUCGUGAAGGAGGUCGUUGAUGCGGAAGAAGGCCGUGACCAGCUUCCGGACGUGGUUGAGCGGCCAGAGGUCCCAGGGGCCGAGAUCAAGGCGGGUCUGGACACCAUCGCAACGGACGUGGGGCUUUUGCGUGGAGCUGUGACGCGGUUACAGCGCUGCUUGGGGGAAAUUUCACUCAUCGCAGCAACUGGGGGACCCGCAGAUCAGGGGGCUGCAACGGCUGGAGGUCCCGAUGACGACCUCGACCGCUCAGGGAUGACAUCACAGCAUGCCACCGCUGCUUCCGCAGCUGCAACGGGUGGUCGCGCAAACUUUGCAGCACGUGAUGCUGCCGAUCAGGAGACCGGCGCUGCGGGUACGUCAGCUGGGACGAAUUCGCAACAAGGUCAGGCACGGAGGCCUCGAAGGACACGUCAACAGGACGUUGAGAAUGUUUAUUCCUUAAAUUUUCUCCGAAAGAUAACGCAGGUGGCGCAAGCUUAUUACUUAUUCAAGGUCGGCUUGGAUGGAAAACAGAGCAUCGAUGCAUUGAAAGCGGCAGCAUUGGAGGAUCGAACCUUCAAAUAUGCGGACAGGGAAGUCGGUCGCUUGAUCAGUGGGCUACAGGUACUUGUCAAGUUUGUCGAAAACACGGCGGAGACUCUAGGGCUAAGUGCAGAGGAGGCAAUCAUAUACACGGAGCGGAUCAAGACGGACACGUUAGGGGAUCCGCAUGCUGCAAUGAGGUCAUUCAUUGAUGCUUGCCCGACAAUGAAGAAGCGAAAGGCGGGUGAAGUGGCCGACGAGGAGGCAGGCGGGGACUCGAUUAAGAAGCAAAAGAAGGUAAAGCUUGAGGAUUUAAUCAAAGAGUACUCUAGAAAGCGAGAUGAAUUAGGACACGAAGGUUUCAAGACAUGGUUGCGUAGUAACCCUUUGGAAGCAGACGCAAUGCAGGAGUAAUAAAACAGUCUGCAAAGCAAACUUGCAUAUACUACGACGUUGAGAUACG